CCUCUAUUUAAGCGAUACUUUACCUUCAGUAGUUAAUCCUCCACCAUGAAGUUCGCAGUCGCGUUAAGUCUUGUGGCGGUAUGCUGCCAUGCAGCAACAGUAAAGCAUGAAAGGAGGUUUCCAGAUGAUUUCAUUUUUGGCUGCGCAACUGCCGCGUACCAAAUAGAAGGAGCUUGGAAUGAAGAUGGCAAAGGCGAAAACAUCUGGGAUUACAUGACGCACAACAACCCAACUGUGAUCGUAGACCAAAGCAACGGAGACGUCGCCGCCGACUCGUACCACAACGUGGAACGUGACGUGGAGAUGAUGCGCGAGCUGGGGCUGGACGCGUACCGCUUCUCUCUCUCCUGGUCCAGGAUCCUCCCCACGGGCUUUGCCAAUGAAGUGAACCAAGCCGGCAUCAACUACUACAACAACCUCAUUAACGAAAUGCUCAAAUACAACAUUCAACCCUUGGUCACGUUGUACCACUGGGAUCUGCCGCAAAGACUGCAAGAGUUGGGAGGGUUCGCGAACCCACUAAUCGCCGAUUGGUUCGAGGACUACGCGAGGGUGGUAUUCGAGAACUUCGGCGAUAGAGUGAAGCUCUGGAUCACAUUCAACGAACCUCGAGAGAUCUGCUACGAAGGUUACGGUUCCAAUACCAAGGCGCCCAUACUCAACGCCACUGGUGUCGGUACUUAUCUCUGCGCUAAACAUCUCGUCAUUGCUCAUGCUAAGGCAUACUACCUCUACAACAACGAGUUCAAAGCGAGUCAGGGCGGCGAGUGCGGCAUCACCAUCAGUGUCAACUGGUUCGGACCUCUCACCGACUCCGAAGAGGAUGAGUUCGCUGCUGAACUCAGACGACAAGCUGAGUGGGGUCUCUACGCCGAACCAAUCUUUUCCGCCGAAGGUGGCUUCCCCAAAGAGCUUGCAGCUCGUGUUGCCGAAAAGAGUGCCCAACAAGGCUACCCCUGGUCUCGAAUGCCCGAAUUCACUGAAGAAGAGAAGAAUUUCGUGAGGGGCGCUUCUGACUUCUUCGGCGUUAACCACUACACCGGUCUUCUAAUUUCUGCCACAGAGCACAUGCAGCAGCAUCCUGUACCCUCACUCUUGGACGACAUCGGCGUUGGUUCCUAUGUGCCUCCUGAGUGGUUGCAAUCGGCUUCCCCAUGGCUAACGCUGUCCCCCAACAGCAUCUACAAUGCUCUGACGCAUCUGGCCCGCAAGUACAACAACCCAGUGUUCUACAUCACCGAGAACGGCUGGUCCAACACGCCGUCCACCGGUCUGCAAGAUGACGACCGCAUCACCUACUACCGAGCCUCGUUCGAGAGCAUGCUCAACACCCUGGAAGCUGGUGUCAAUCUCAAGGGGUACAUGACCUGGAGUCUCAUGGACAACUUCGAGUGGUUACUAGGAUACACAGAACUUUUCGGCCUGUACGAGGUAGACUUCAACAGCCCAGAGCGCACGCGCACCCCUCGCAAGUCCGCCUUCGUCUACAAGGAGAUGUUGAGGACACGCACCAUAGACUAUAGCUACGAGCCACAAUCCCUUGUCAUGACCAUAGACGAAGGACACUACGAAAAUGUCUGGGAUUACUUGACGCACACCAACCCGACAAUAAUCACAGACCAGAGCAACGGUGACGUCGCCGCCGACUCGUACCACCACGUGGAACGCGACGUGGAGAUGAUGCGCGAGCUGGGGCUGGACGCGUACCGCUUCUCUCUCUCCUGGUCCAGGAUCCUUCCCACGGGCUUUGCCAAUGAAGUGAACCAAGCCGGCAUCAACUACUACAACAACCUUAUUAACGAAAUGCUCAAAUACAACAUUCAACCCUUGGUGACAAUGUACCACUGGGACCUACCGCAGAGACUGCAAGAGUUGGGCGGAUUCGCGAACCCACUUAUCAUCAACUGGUUUGAGGACUACGCGAGGGUGGUGUUCGAGAACUUCGGCGACAGAGUCAAGUUUUGGAUCACAUUCAACGAGCCUCGAGAGAUCUGCUACGAAGGUUACGGUUCCAAUACCAAGGCGCCCAUACUCAACGCCACUGGUGUCGGUACUUAUCUCUGCGAAAAUCUCCUCAUUGCUCAUGCUAAGGCAUACUACCUCUAUAACAAAGAUUUCAAAGCGAGACAGGGCGGCGAGUGCGGCAUCACCAUCAGUGUCAACUGGUUCGGACCUCUCACCGACUCCGAAGAAGACGAGUUCGCUGCUGAACUCAGACGACAAGCUGAGUGGGGUAUCUAUGCGGAACCCAUUUUCUCUGCCGAGGGCGGCUUCCCUAAAGAGAUUGCAGCUCGUAUUGCCGAAAAGAGCGCACAGCAAGGCUAUUCGCGGUCCCGAUUGCCAGAAUUCACUGACGAAGAGAAGGAACUUGUAAAAGGAGCAUCAGACUUCUUCGGCGUCAACCACUACUCCGGGAGCCUGAACUCCGCCACGCAGUACAUCGAGCAGCAUCCGUACGUACCCUCGCUCUGGGACGACAUUGGCAUCGGCUCUUGUUCCUCCGGGUGGAAGCCCUCAGCUUCAUCAUGGCUAGUGCUAUCUCCCAACAGCGUCUACAACGCCCUCACGCAUCUGGCCAAAAAGUACAACAACCCAGUGUUCUACAUCACCGAGAACGGCUGGUCCGACAACCCGACUGAUAGCCUGCAGGAUGACGACCGUAUCGCCUACUAUCGCGCCACGCUUGAGAGCGUGUUGGACACUCUGGAUGCAGGAGUUAAUCUCAAAGGGUACAUGACCUGGAGUCUCAUGGACAACUUCGAGUGGAAUCAAGGAUAUACGGAACGUUUCGGCCUGUACGAGGUAGACUUCAACAGUCCAGAGCGCACGCGCACCCCUCGCAAGUCCGCCUUCGUUUACAAGAAGGAGAUCUUGAGGACCCGCACCAUAGACCAUAGCUACAAUCCUGUCCCCAACAGCAUCUACAAUGCUCUGACGCAUCUGGCCCGCAAGUAUAACAACCCAGUGUUCUACAUCACCGAGAACGGCUGGUCCAACACGCCGUCCACCGGUCUGCAAGAUGACGACCGCAUCACCUACUACCGAGCCUCGUUCGAGAGCAUGCUCAACACCCUGGAAGCUGGUGUCAAUCUCAAGGGGUACAUGACCUGA